ACGAAAGCAUGUGGAAUGUUCACUGUGGAAUUCAUGGAUAAGAACCAUAAAGGAAGAUUUGUCACUAGGAGCUGUUGUCAUCGGGAACCACUUCCCAUUCUGUUCCCUUCUUCAUCCCCGACCAACUUCAGACGAGGUGAAGAUGAUGCAUCUUAUACUCUUCAUGCUUUGCAGAGUGGAACACAGAAGAUGCGCUGAAAGUAAAUGUCAUCGACAGCCGGAUGGUCCUGGAAGGAUUGCAAAGAUUUGGCACAAUUCCCACAUAUCUUCCGGUCCGAUACCAGGUGGUGGACGCAGAAUCAGCCUUCUUCCUCAAGGAGGCCAACCAGGACAUUAUGAGGAACUCCAGCCUACAGGCUCGCACAGAACUGUUCUUUAUCCAAAAGGCCAGAAAGACACCUUCAGUCAAUGCCAGUUAUGGACCUCUAUCUGUUGACCAGCCAGUGCCCAUGGAUCUUCUGGGCCCAGGACUCUUCAACAACAAUCCUACAUCUACAUCCUCCUCAUCAUCCUCUUCUUCUCCACUCUUUACUUUCAACUGGAAAGUACAAACUUUCAUUAUCAGCGAGCGAAUUCACCCCAGUUGGCCAAAAGUACAGGUUCUAUUCUAUGUAGUUGGUCGGGACUGGGAUGACUACAGUGCUGUGGACAGGUUGCCCUGUGUCAAGAUGUUUGCUUUUCAUGAAACCCAAGAAGUACGAGGCAGCUGUCGUCUAAAAGGAGAACUUGGGUUGUGUGUGGCUGAACUGGAGCCACUACCUAGUUGGUUCAGUCCUCCUAGCGUCAUACCAGGUCGACAGAGAGCACCAGAACAGGUCGAGGGCACCCCUGUGGAGCUGUAUUAUAUGGUACAAUCUACCGACACUGGGGAAUGCAGCUCAGAGGACUUGCGCAAGACUAAUUCAAUCCGCAAUGGGCAACUGGGCCCGGCUGGGUACUUCUCGGGGCCCACACCCAUGCGCAGGAUCGGCAGUGUGCGGCUAUUCCAGCCCCUCACGGAGUUGCGUCUGGACAGUAACUUUGUGGUGAUGGUUCCCUCAAGACCCAUCAGGCAGAGGGAGACAGUGUCAGCCUUUCUAGCUGUUUCCACCCUUUCCUCUGUAGAGAUAUUCACUCUAAGGGUCAAGUUGAAGGAUGGUGUCGCGUUUCUGGGGGCGAGGGCCAGCAACCCAGUGCAGUGGACAGUCAGUCAGGACGUACGGAGCGAGGGACACAGAGUGGUCACCCUGCACUGCCGCAGAAAGGAAGCCAACUUUGGAAAAAGGGUGGAGGCAGGCUUCCAGAAGGUUCUCCAGGUAGAUCUGGAGGUGAACGGGCUAUUGGAUCCUCUGGGCAGUCGCUCAGUGACUUGGCAGAUCGAGUACCCCAUUUCCCGAACCCUCUCAGAUGAGAUCCAGACCCUCAUCCACCUGGCACCACAUGACCUUGUGGGCAUCGUGCCAUUGGCUAUGGAGACAGAGAUCCUUAACACUGCAGUGCUUACUGGGAGGACUGGUGCCAUGCCAGUGAAGGUGGUCACUGUAGGAACAGAAGGUACUGUGACUGAUGUGACCGAGUCGGUGGAAUGUCGCUCGACAGACGAGGACGUGGUUAAGGUGUCUGAAAGGUGUGAUUACGUGUAUGUUAAUGGUAAGGAGACACGUGGGAGAGUAAGGAUGAUGGUGAACUUCACCUACAGUUACCUGAGCACUCAGCUGGAGUUGAGCGUCUGGAUGCCCAGACUCCCCCUGCAGAUUGAGAUGUUCGAUCCAGAACUCAGCCAGAUCAGGGGCUGGAGAGUUCCUGCUGAUGCUGCCAACCUAAGGUCUGGGACUGGAGAGGAUGAUGUGGAUGAAGGAGCCAGGAAAGAUCGGGGCUGUGUUCCACAGUACCAGAGCACCACUGUCCGUGUCCUCACACACUUUGAGGCUGAGCCAGAGGAGUGGCAGGGCCAACCAGAUUGGCUCCUGGGAAGUGAUUGGCAGGUGGAUGUGACAGAGCUGGUGAGGGAUUCAUUAAGGGUGGGGGAUGAACGUGUGGCCAGACUCUCUAAGGAACAGGUCCUGAUCGGUCUUAACACUGGCACCACUAAAGUCCAGGUGAUGUCCCCAUUGUCAGACUCGGUUCUGGCUGAGAGGAUGAUCCGGGUUCUGGAUGAUAAAGUCAGUAUUACCGAGCUGGGGGUGCAGCUAGUCUCUGGCCUCUCACUGAACCUCCAACUCAGCCCAGGAAGCAACAGGGCCAUCGUCGUCACAGCUACCACACAAGAGACCAUGCACAACACUAAUCAGGAGUCCCUUGUCAGUGCAUGGCUGCACUUCAGCGAUGGCUCCAUGACCCCUCUUGACCUCUAUAACCCUGCACAUUUUGUCCUCACAGCCACCUCUCUGGAUGAUCAGGUGGUGUCAGUGAAGAAAGACUCCACCUGGAGGUGGCCAGUGGUAGUGGCCAAAGGUGAAGGUCAAGGCAUGUUGGUCCGGGUGGAGAUGUUUGGCCUUGAGUCCUGCCUAAAAACCAAGCGGCGGACAGUUUUGGCUGUAGGCAAUGCGAACGUCCAUGUAAAGUUUGGCCGCAGUGAGGAAACAGAAAAGAGUGCAAAAGGAAAGAGAUACAGGCCCAAUGCCCCAUAUUAUGGAGGCUCUAUAUCAGACAUGGAAGCUGGAAUCAUAAACAGAGGAGUGACCACCAUCAAGACUGCAAUUUCAGGGAAACCCAGUGGUGACAGGCUGUCCGCUGGUGAUAUUCCAGUUGAUUUCUCAGAGUUCCCAGCUCAAGCAGACCUUCCCCCUGGACGCAACACUGAGGAGGACCUCCUGCAGAAUCGCCGUGGCCUCAGCGACUUGGAGAUAGGCAUGUAUGCCCUGCUAGGUGUCUUCUGCUUGGCCAUUUUGGUAUUUCUAAUAAAUUGCAUCUCUUAUGCCCUUAAAUACAGCAACAAACAGCUCCCUUUGGAGGGCCAGGAGACCAUGGCUCAUGCCCAUGACUGGGUUUGGUUAGGCCAUGAUGCAGAGCUGUUGGAAAGCCAAGCAGGGUUGUGUUUGGACCAGGAGGAGCUUGGUGGCACCAUGGACUCCGGACUGGGCCUGGAAGAAGGUAGCCAGCUCCUCAAUGGUCUUUCAUCUCAGAAGAGCAUUCAGGGGCAGGUCCAUAGGUCUGCUUCUGACUCUGGCUGUGCUGGGAGGGAUCACAAGAGCGAGUCCUUAAAUUCGCCCACCACCAAAAGGAAACGGGUGAAGUUCACUACUUUUAGUAACAGCAAGCCCAGCAAUGGCUGCCCAUCCAUAAGCCCACUUCUCAUUGGUCAGAAUGACAUCAAAUGGGUUUGCCCAGACAUCGAGCUCGGGGACUCCAAAGAGCUCCGAAAUUACAUGGAAAGGUUAAAUGAAAAUGCUACUAAGAGCACUGCAUAGUCUGGGUUGUAGUUAUUUAUGUAUUUUUCUGACAAAGCAUAGCGCACCCAUAUGCCUUCCAGAUACGGUGGUGGUUGGCCUCUACUGCACUCACAUCUCACCAUGAAAAGACAAGCCAUUCAUCUGGUCUUGUUUCCAUGGCAAAUGCCAUGAGGGUUCAUCAUCAUGAAAUAAGGAAAAUAGAGAUACUGCUGAGGACGUUAAAAUAUGAGAACAUUGGAAUAUGAGAAAUCUUUCAAUAUAUUUUCUUUUUUGAAGAAGAAAGAAGAGGAUAUUUCAUUUCUAUACUUAAAAAAAAGUUGUUGUUUUUUAACUUAGCACACGUAAGUCUAGGUUAAUGCAGUUCACUUGGUGGUGGUGAUGGUACUUUUUCAUGAGUGAAGAGUUGACAUUUAAACAUAUCAGAUGUGCGCUGUGAACUGAAGCAUUUCCAAGUUGAACACUGACUGAUGUGAGAACACAUUUUGUAAGGUUUUACAUAUUUUUAUACAUCUCUGUUCCUGUCUGUGUCUGUUUGUCCAUUGUAUUUCUCCAAAGACUAACUCCCAUAAGUAAAUGCAUGUGAAUUCAAAAUAUGGACAAAAAUCAGUAUAUUUUGGAACUUUUUCCACCAACAGUGUGAAUUAACUUGUAUAUACGGCAAAGGACUACAGGGAAACAGGGAGACAAAUUACCUUCCAUGUCUUCUUGAGAGCUGUUGAGCAAACUGUAUUGAUGUAGGUAGUCUUAUCAAUAUUGUAUAAUAUGUUGUUUACAGUAUUAGAAUGACAGAUGGUAUGCACUCAAAUUGCUUAUGUAUGUUUGAUAUAGCUGUGCAUUGCCUCUUUGUCUUUUUUGUUUUCCUUUUAUUUUUAUUUUAUUUGUAUUUUAAUUCUGCUUAGUUAUAUACAGUCCAAGUACAGCAUACAGGUAGCAAACAUAAAGAUAAUCACAGCUCUUAUUAGAAAAAGUAACAUCUAAUCUACUCAAGUGAAUGUCCCCAUGAUUAACCUGAUGCUUAGGUUAAAGUUAAUUGGAUCAGAUUAGUUUGGAGUGUAAUACACAGUUAAUGUGAUCAGUGCAACAGAGCCGUACAUAUCCUGGCAGGGCAACCAUAGAAUAAUUUAUAUGUGAAUAAAUUGAUUAUUCUGACACUCUUAAUCUGUAUUACUGUACAUCACUGUGUCUAACAGUCAUAAAGAAAGUAAUCAUUAGUCAUUUGCCCUUAACACAAUUACAGAUUAGAAAUUUUAUUCCAUAAAUCUUUUGUAAAGAUAGUGUGUGUCAGCUAAUUCCUCCUGCUGGUGUUUUGGAUGGAAUUGAUCUCCAAGAUCCAAUGUCCAUCCAGUGUCUUUUUUUUUUUAUGGAAACAUGUUCAUAAAGACCACAGGAGGACAAUUAUACAUACAGUACCAACCUGACGGAUCAGCCAAUUUUAUGAAGAAUUGUUUUUUUGUUGUUGAAGUUCAUCUGGUGUUCAUGAUAGUCUAUUGCUGAUACACAAUGUUGGUCAGUGAUCCUAUCAAGUUGGCCCUUUAGAAAAUGUGAUUGGAUGGAGCACCUCACAGUAUUACAUUUGUUGGUCCAAUUUGCCCAUACAUGUGAUGUGUCACUGUUUGUUAUGUAGCAUUUUAUAGCUUCAGGUUACUUUUAAGAUCAAAGGAGUUGGGGCUUUUCUUUUUAAUUUCAUUUUCUCAUUCAGUUUUAUGAGCUUAAAAGCACUGUCUUUUAAUUACAUACUGUGUGGUUCAAAAGUCUUGAGUCCACUUGUGAAAAUGCUUCUAUUUUGCAUUUUCCUAAUUUAAUAUUAUUUUUUCAUUUCAAAUUAUAUUAGUAGUAUAUGGCUCAGCAUAUUGAGUGAAGUUUAAUUGGAAAAUUUAAAAUGCAUUUUCAGAUUUUCUUAUACGGCAGAGGACUACUGGGAAACAGGCAGAAAAAUUACCCUUCACGUCUUCUUGAGAGCUGUUGAGCAAAUUGUAUUGUUGUAGGUAGUCUUAUCAAUAUUGUAUAAUAUGUUGUUUACAGUAUAAAAAUGAUAUAGUAUAGACUAAAAUUUUUUAUGUAUGUGUGCUAUAGCUGUGCAUUGCCUCUUUGUCUUUUUUGUUUUCCAUUUAGUUUUAUUUUCUUUUCCUUGCUUUUUUUUUCAUUCUGCUUAGUUAUAUACAG